CAGGCCCUGCUGUUUCCUCUCUCUUCGUUUCCCGGUUCUCUCUUCCUCUCCAGGCGAACAACCCUUGGAUGAAACUCGAGCUGAUUCAGCUCAUGCAAGUAAAGCUACUUUGCAGCUCUUGACCAAUCCUUCCCAGAAAAUGUUCCUUCGGAAUGGCUUAUUAUCUCUCAAUCUUACUUCGUUUUCAUCACCCCCUUCUCCACCGGCCAAAUCACUCUCUUUUCUUUUCUCUUUCAACAAAACCAUCGCUUACUCAACCCAUAAGCGCCCCCACCCUAAACCUAAAGUCUCUGCUUCAAGAGCCGCAAAGCAGCCACUGUCUGAGAGGGCGCGGUUUGCGAAGACAGUAUUAUUCGUGCCACCUGGGGUCGACCCGGCAGAGGUAACAGAUGAAAUGAUAUUGCCAGGGUCCAACAUCGUACUCGGACCUUACGCGGGUCAUUCUCAGAUUAAGGAAGUGGAGUUUGUAAAGAGUAGCGGUCGGGCUAAGGAUUGUCCCAAAGAUGAUCGACCCGAGUUUGCAAUCUUGGGUCGGUCUAAUGUGGGCAAGUCUUCGCUUAUUAAUGCUUUGGUUCGAAAAAAAGAAGUUGCUCUCACUUCUAAGAAACCGGGGAAGACACAGCUUAUUAAUCAUUUUUUGGUGAAUAAAAGUUGGUAUAUAGUGGAUUUGCCUGGUUAUGGCUUUGCUAGAGCCCCAGAUGCUGCUCGAACAGAUUGGUCUUCAUUCACUAAAGGCUACUUUCUAAAUAGAGAGACUCUGGUUGCUACGCUACUUCUUAUUGAUGCAAGUGUCCCACCUCAGAGGAUUGACCUGGACUGUGCUAACUGGCUUGGACGCAACAAUAUACCAAUGACUUUUGUCUUCACAAAGUGUGACAAAAUGAAGGCAAGCAAAGGAAAAAGGCCUGAUGAGAACAUCAGGGACUUUCAAGAACUGAUUAGAGAAAACUAUCGACAACACCCCCCAUGGAUAAUGACUAGCAGUGUCACUGGUCUGGGCAGAGAUGAGCUUCUCCUACAUAUGUCACAGCUAAGAAACUAUUGGGAUCAAUAGGGGUGGAACUGAUACUUGCUAACAAAUUCAUGUGUAAGUUCAGUCUUAAAAGUUAAAAAGUGUAUACAAUAGACAACUAUACUAGCUGCCCAUAGAUUUUUUUUCUCUUGCAUCAUUUCGAUUUUCCCAAAGCAAUCCUGCUUAAAGUUGACAGGCUUUGUAAUUUGCAUACCAUGCAAUGAUGUAGCAUUUUUUCAUGUAUAUAUCGAAGGCUGUUUAUCUUUCUCUGUUA